AUGGGCCUAUACGAGAGCGUCAUCGACACUGCCGGGACGAUCUUCGGGGGCGCAGAUGACAGAUCCCUACGCAAACUACUCUGGACCGUUUUCGAGCGCAUCAAACGUACGCCAGACCUCAUCAACCCUAAUCUCCUUGUAGAGACUGUGAAAAGUCUCGCGUUCUCUGUUCUGGGGUCUAUAUUUGGAGCGGUCGGGAGCGUCUCAAGCAUACGAGAAGCCGUCUUCCGGAACGAAAUCAACGCAACAACCCUGAUCCUGCUCAGAGAUAAAGCCGGAGAUCUCGCCAAGUUUCUACUGGACUUUGUGGAGGUUGCGAAAUGCUACUACAGGGCGGACGGAUCCCUCCAGAGUGGCCUGGACGACGAGCAUGUGCUGUACACCGAGUUCAACGAACUUGACUUCUCCAAGGACAGGAACAGACAUGCUGCAAUAUGUCAGAUGCAGAGAUUGGCGUUGUCGGUUAUUUACAUUCUCCAGAAUCUGCUCACGCCGGUCGCCUUCAAGGAUAUCAAAAUGAGUGAACAUACCAACCUCCAGAGCGACCGGGGUAUAAGGCUCCAGGAAACCUACACUACAAGAGAUGGCACGCGAUCGAAUGGGGGAGGCAACAAUAGGAGCAGGAUGGAAGAGCGGCACAAGAAGAUGCUCGAUCCAGAGGCCAAAGCGGCCAUCAGCGACAAUAAUGAGAAAUGGCUAUUCGUCAACGGGAUUGCCGGAGAGAUGUUUUGGCUCGAGCUCGCCUGCAACAAACUCAAAGCUAUGUUCCAUCGGAACAUCACGGGCGUUUUCAACAGGGGCGAUGGUAUCCUCUGGGAUCUUAUCGAGUGCUUAGGGCAGAGAAGCUCAUACGUGCAGAAUCCUGACAUCAACGCCACAAUGCUGAAGAACUACCGGGAUGGAGUUGUGAAAGACCAAAGAACAAUGAUUGAACACACAAAGAGCAGCAAGAUAUCUCAAGAGCUUCUUCGCACGAAGCUCUUACAGACCCUGAAUGACCAUGGUAAUGGAAAUCGGCACAUUGUCAUGAUUGCUCAUUCUCAGGGUUGUCUUCUCCUUCGUCAUGUUCUGGAGGACUUGAUCAUGAUGGCGGCUGGGGACGAAUAUCUCAGACGUACAAUGAGAAAAUGCCUUUGUGUUUUCACCUUUGGCAAUCCAAGCCUACACUGGAAAACCCAGAAGCCACAUCCCAGGCCCCUAGGAGAACUUGAUGGGACAUACCUCAGUUCACAUGUCCUUCGAACCGAACACUUCGCCAACAGCGGGGAUUUUGUAGCAAAGCUUGGUGUCCUGAGCGAAACGAGUGACUAUGGUCUGGACGAGGUCUUCAUCAAUGAGGAGGAGGCCUGGAUUGGCCAUCUUUUUGGUACACAGUACAGUAUGAAACCGGAACAUUACAAGAAUUCGAACAAGCAUCAGUCUUGGCUUCUGAAAUGUUGUUUUGGGACGAAAAUAUCGGACGUUAUUGCCCGCAAUUGA